UUUAUGCAAAACGAGCCCGAGAGACAAGCUCUCCGAUACAUUAUUCAGAACACGACUCUCCCGGGUCGUGUGCGCGCCGAGGCGCAGCUUCAGCUGGGUCAGAUGCACUGCUACACCCGGCCGACGCAGAUCAAGAACCGAUGCAUUUUGGGUGGCAAGGCCAGGGGUGUCUUCCGCGACUUCAAGAUGACGAGGUUCAACUUCCGUAUGCAAGCGUACGAGGGUAACAUUCCCGGUGUCAAGAAGGCCAGUUGGUAGACGAAUAUGCGGCGGAGGACGAUUUAAAAAAAAAAAAAAAGCAGGGAA